AUGUUGCUUGUGCUGCUAAGCUUGGCCGCGCUGUGCAGGAGCGCCAUGCACCAAGAGUCGACCAUUCAGUGUGGCUCUGAAUCUGGGCCAUCUCCAGAGUGGAUGGUCCAACACACUCUGACCCCAGGAGACUUGAGGGACCUCCGAGUAGAACUCGUAAAAACCAAUAUUGAAGCAGAAGACUAUUCAGUUCUGAUGAACAUAAGCUGGAUACUCCGGGCAGAUGCCAGCAUCCGUCUGUUGAAGGCCACCAAGAUCUGCAUGACAGGCAAAAGCCAUGUGCAUUCCUACAGCUGUGUGAGAUGUAAUUACACAGAGGCCUUCCAGAGUCAGACCAGACCUUCUGGUGGCAAAUGGACCUUCUCCUAUGUGGGCUUUCCUGUGGAACUGAGCACACUCUAUUUCAUCGGGGCCCAUAAUAUACCCAAUGCAAAUAUGAAUGAAGAUGGCCCUUCUUUGUCUGUCAACUUCACCUCACCAGGCUGCCUAGACCAUGUAAUGAAAUAUAAAAAAAAGUGCAUCGAGGCAGGAAGUCUGUGGGAUCCAAAUAUCACUGCUUGUAAGAAGGACGAGAAGAUGGUAGAAGUGAAUUUUACAAUCAGUUCCCUUGGAGACAGAUACAUGGUUCUUAUCCAACAUAACACCGUCAUGGGGUUUUCUAAUGUGGUAGAGAACAAACUAACACGGACUUCUGUAGUCAUUCUGGUGACCGGGGAAAGUGAAGGUGCUGUGGUUCAGGUGACUCCCUAUUUCCGUACCUGUGGCAACGACUGCAUCCGCCGGAAAGGAAUUGUUAUACUUUGCCCACAAACAGGUGGCCCCUUGCCUCUGGAUAACAACAGAGCCGCGCUAGGAGGCUGGUUGCCUCUCUUCCUGGUGCUGCUGGUGGCCACGUGGGUGCUGGCAGUUGGGAUCUACCUGACUUGGAGGCAAGAAAGGAUCAAGAUGAUGUCUUUUCCUACUACAACCACGCUACUGCCUCUCAUUAAAGUUCUUGUGGUUUACCCUUCCGAGAUAUGUUUCCAUCACACAGUCUGUUACUUCACUGACUUUCUUCAAAACCAUUGCAGAAGUGAGGUCAUCCUUGAGAAGUGGCAGAAAAAGAAAAUAGCUGAGAUGGGUCCCGUGCAGUGGCUUACCACUCAGAAGCAGGCAGCAGAUAGAGUGAUCUUCCUUCUUUCCAAUGAUGACAACAGCAUUUGUGAUGCCACCUGUGGCCACAGGGAGGGCAGCCCUAGUGACAACUCUCAGGACCUGUUUCCUCUUGCCUUUAACCUUUUCUGCAGUGAUCUAAGUAGCCAGAAUCAUCUGCACAAAUACAUGGUGGUCUACUUCAGUGGGGCUGAUACCAAAAACAAUUACGAAGCUCUCCAUGUCUGCCCUAAAUACCACCUCAUGAAGGACUCCAAUGCUUUCCGCGUAGAACUUCUCCGUGUCAUAUCUCAUGUGUCAAUGGGGAAACAAUCACAAGCCUGCCACAGCAGUUAUUCCCCUUUAUAG